CUAGGGGGAAAAAAAUCAAAAGGAAAGAGGGAGACUACUCUAACAAUAAUUUGAUUACUUCCGAUUCUAUGAAAACAACCAGUUUGCUUUCUGUUCCACAACUGCUCUUUUUUUAGACUUUACUUAUUUAUUUUUACUUCAAAUAAGACCAGAUAAGAUGUAAAGAAAAGUUACCGUUUAGUCAGUAAUGGUUGGCUAUGGAUUGUGCUUAUGAGCACCAACUUUUAUCAUUUGCAAAAUUUUUUUUUCUUGGAUUUUUUUAAAAAGUAUAUUUUAGUUAAAUUAUAUACCAACUUUAAGCUUUGAAGAUAACAAUAUAUCAUGGCUGAAGGAUUCAACAGUCAUCAAGCUACUCAAGACCUGAAGCAGAUGUUAAAACUCAAAAACCCCUCUGUAGAAUUAGAAAUUCAGAAUGAAGACAUUGGUCAAGACUCAUCCGAUUCAACAGUAAAUAUUAAUGGGAAUGCUUUGCUGAACACCAGUGUUACUGCAGAUAAACCAAACAUCGUUGCACAACGCACUAGUCUCACCCUUGUCCCUUUGCCCAAACAGAAGAAAAAACAUGUGUCCCAUGAAAAUUCAGCACAGGACUCGAUGUCGCUGGAGAAGAAGCAGCUACCCAGUAAAGUACAAUCAGCUAAAAUAACCAAAAACAAGUAUUCAAAAGAGACUGAUUUGGAGAAAGAAAAAGCAGACUCUGGGAAAGAAAGUGCUGAUUCACUUAGUCCCGAGGAGCUUGCAGCUCAGUUAGAUUCUACAAAAAUAGAAGAAAGCCGGAAAAAAAAAGUAGACAAAGUUCCACUUCUAGGAUCUGCCCCUGAUAUUAAACCCAAUCGACCUGAUUCUAAAAAAGUAGAAAAUGCAGGAACUCGUGGCAUCAGUAAUGUUAAUAACAAUAAACCUAGACCAUCCAGGCAGGGAGAUGAAGAUUUGAAUCCUGAAUUUUUACAGAAACUAGAACAAAACAAAAUAGUUGUUCUAAAAAAGGUAAAGAAAAAUGCUCGGUUUCCUAAAGCCAAAUUUUUCUGCCAUCUUUGUGAGUAUCAUAUGGAUUUAGUUGAAGACUGUCUGAAACAUUUAAAAGAUAACCGGCAUUGUAGAAGAAUUGAAGUCAGUGCAAUGGACGCUCUUCUGAAAGCAAUACCUCCACCAACUCCUAGCCAGCUAGAAGCUCUCACUGCCGCAGUAGAAAAGGUGUAUCAAGAAAAGGGUAUUAGCGAGGCGGAACAAAAAUCUCGGAUGGAGGUUGUCAAAAGACUAGAAAAGAUUUGCCAGGAAAAAAAUCCAGGGGUUUUAAUUCACAUGUAUGGGUCAUCUUUGACUGGAUUUGGCUUAAAGACAGCAGACAUCAAUGUGGACUUGAACUCCACUGACAAAGACAAGAAACUGACAGUACUUUUGAAUGAAGUGUAUAUACUCCUAAGAGAUAAAAAAGAUACAGGAUUUUCUAAUGUCCGGACUGAUUUCUUGGCCAAAGUGCCUGUUCUGCUGUUGACAGAUGAGGCCACUGGUUAUCAGGUCACUAUUGCCAUACACUGCUACAAUGCUCAUUGUUCAGGAGAACUGUUGGCUAUUUAUUCAGAUUUUGAUGAACGAGUUAGAAAAUUGGCUAUCGCCUUCAGAUACUGGGCCAGUAUUUUUGGUUUGGAUCGUCACUAUGACGGUUUCAUUCCACCACAUGCACUCAGUCUGAUGGUCAUCUAUUACCUUCAGAACUGCAGCCCUCAGGUCUUGCCUAUUAUAACUCCUCCUAAGGUGACAGGUGAAGAAGUUGGAGACUUUCAUCAAGAUUCCCCAGCAUUUGAAAGAAUGAGGAAGAAGGUGAUGAAGUAUGCUUUUCAAAAAAGAAAUGAAUCAAGUUUGGGUCAACUCUGGCUAGGUCUCAUACGUUUCUAUAGCCUUGAAUUUGAUGUAGUUACGAAUGUGGUUACAAUCAGAAAUGAAGUACUGAAGCGUACUACCAAACCUUGGAACAGUAAAAAGCUUUCAGUCGAAGAUCCUUACAUGACCAAGAAAAAUAUAACCCGAAUGCUAAAUAAUGCUCGUAUUUAUGAGUACUGGCAAGAUGCAGUUAAAAAGUCGUAUUAUUAUUUUGGUUUGCCUCGAGAUUUUAAAGGGAAGUCUCUUAUAUCUGAUGAAGAGCUCAAGGAUAUGAGACAAAAGAUGAAAGGCAGUCAGCAGCAUGGAGAAAGCAGCGGAAGAGCACAACAACAAAAUCAAACACCUACGGACACCAGAGAAACGGAAAGUGAUGAAGAUGUUGUGAUCCCACCUAAUCCCUUGCUGGCUAAAUUUACGUCCCGAUUGGCUACUAGAAAUGAGAGAAAUUCAUCUGCUGAUGACGACGAAGACUCUUGUACCAAUGAAUGCUCCAGCGUGACGUCUGAAUCGUUACAAAGAUCACAAGCGUCAAGUCAUCUUAAUGCAGAUGAAGCUUCAACCUCCAGUACAACAGAAUCAGUUAGCCAUUCGCAGACAAAAAAUAAACUGAAAAUCCAGGGUAACCCACAUAAUGAGAGAACCACUGGUAUAUCAAAGGACAUUGAUGAUGAAAAUGAUGGAGAUGAAGAAGAGGAUUUUCUACUUGUAGAUCCCUGGCAAGAUUACCAACUUUCAUACGAGUUUACUAAAGAAACCUUCCUGACAGACGGUAAAGGCCCCAUUCUUGUGUGUAUGUAUUGUGAGCAGGAGGGUCACCUGAAGAACAACUGUCCUGAAGAUGAAUUGCCUGAAGUACUGCCAUUACCUGCACUGACCUCUCGACACGUAAGAGUCCUAACUCAAACACUGAACAGAGUUCCUUCAGAAGUGGGCUUGACAGAUGAAAGCUUGGCAGAAAGAUAUUUAAUUCUCAAGAACUUGGAAAUAUUUAUUCAACGCAUACCAGCGUAUGAAGAUGCACAGCUAGCUCUGUUUGGCUCUUCAUGCAAUGGAUUCGGCUUCUAUAAAAGUGACAUAGACAUCUGUAUGACAUUUGCAAAGAAAAAUAAUCCUGCAAAACUAGACAAGGUAGCGAUUAUAGAAACACUAGCCAGACGACUCAAACAGCAUCCUGAGUUGGCAUUUGUACAAGCCAUUACAACAGCUAAAGUGCCAAUUGUUAAAUUUACUGUAAAAAAAAUUGAAAUUGAAGGGGACAUCAGCCUGUACAAUACUUUAGCUCAGCAAAAUACAAAACUAUUAUAUUGCUACAGUCAAAUUGAUCCCAGAGUUCAGGUGUUGGGGUACACAAUUAAAACGUUUGCCAAGGUCUGUGAUAUCGGAGAUGCCUCACGUGGAAGUCUGUCGUCCUAUGCCUACAUCCUUAUGAUGCUGUAUUAUCUACAGCAAGUCAAGCCUCCACUCAUACCUGUCUUGCAAGAGCUUUACGAAGGGACAAAACCAUCACUUGAAAUUGAAGGCAGUGAAGCUUGGUUCAUGGAUGAUGCCUCACAGCUAGACAGACUUUGGCCACAUAGAGGAAAAAAUCAAUCUUCUGUAGCUGAACUGUGGAUAGGAUUCCUACGCUUUUAUGUUGAAGAUUUUAACUACAAGGAACUAGUCAUUAGUAUUAGACAGUAUGCCCCUCUGACCCGCUUUGAAAAAUUAUGGAAUGGUUCUUGUUUAGCUAUUGAAGAUCCUUUUGAUUUAAACCAUAAUCUUGGAUCUGGUUUGACAAGAAAAAUGACGAAUUUCAUAUUCAAAACUUUCAUCAAUGGACGAAUGUUAUAUGGAAGUCCUAUUGAUGACAAUAUGGAUAUCUUUGAUAAAUACCAAAACCCAUCAGACUACUUCUUUGACACUGAUUUACUGUCGGAAAAUCGACCCAUUAAUGUCAGAGGCUGCAGAAAGUGUGGAAGGAUUGGUCAUCUUGCCAGACACUGUCCUGAGCGCAAGUAUGAGGAUCAAAAGAAGCAGCUGCCAUCUACUCCGACCAAAUCCCAGCAGCAGCUCUCAUCACAGUACAAGUCACAACAGCAGCAGGCGCAGUACAAAACCACUAAACAGCAUGCUGUAGUGAGCUCUCAGAAACAAACAUCUCUAGUUCCGCCACAGAAACAGCAGAAGCCUCAGACUUCACAAAGUCAAGGGAACCCAUCCCAGAGAGGCCAGCAGAACCAGAUAUCAAGCAAAGACACUGAACGAAGAGAAAGAGGGCAGGCUAGUCAAGGAGCUCAAGGAAACUCUUCAGCAAAUGCCAACAAAAACCAGUCACCCCAGGCUGUGUCAUCUGGUCAAUUAUCUAUGAAUUUGUCGAGUAAUUCACACCUUCACCAAGUCACCCCAACACAGCUGAGGUCCUUCCAACAGGGGCAGGUGUUCCACAACAGCCAGUACCUUCAGUCGCAGCACAAUCAGUAUCCCCAACACCAUAUGAUGCAGCACCACCACCCCCAUCCGCCACAGCACAUGCCACAACACCUCUCUUCACCGCAGCAGAUGCAACAACAGCAGCAGAUGCAACAGCAACAGUUGCAACAGCAAUUGCAUCUACAGCAACAGCAUAGCAAUCCAGGGAACAUGCCUCCUGGCAUCUACCCCCAGCCAAUGAUGUUAACCAGACCAGCAAUGAGUCCCCCAACUAACUUUGGGUAUAUGCCCAGCAAUGCCAACUACCCAAACACUGGCUACCCUUAUAACAGUCCUUUGAUGAGUAGUCAAGGAGCAGUCCCGCAGCUAGCUAGAAGCCAAUUCAGUAUGAAUCCUGUUGUCCAGAACCUUUUUGCAAGUGCUCACAAUCAGAUUCUAGAUGCAAGUUCAAACCAAACUCAGAUACGAAAGCAAUAACUGCUAAUGUCUAAAGAUGCUGACUAUUGAUGAGUUUUAUUUCUAUGAAAACUGCUUUCUUCAAUGUGUAGUAUACUCUCUUUGACUUGUCUUACUCGUCUUUUAUAUUGAAAUUUGUAAAGCAGCUGAUUCUGAUUUAAGAUUCACGUUUUCAUAGAUCACCCCAUUUUAAACUUAUUUUUUAUUGUGUAAUUUUUUUUUUUAAAAUCUCUAUCUUCUUAUGUCGACUUUUUGUUUUAUACAGGACUUAAAGAAGAAAACUGUUGUGUAACGUACUGUAGGAUACAAAGUUUGUUAUCAUUCUGUUUUAUAGUUUCUUUUUUUUCUUUCGGCUUUCUCUAUUCAAUUCCUUGCUGUAUACAUUUAUAGCUCUCUUCAAAUUGUCCUUUGUAAAUAAGCUGUACAUUUGACCAUAGAAUCUGUUACAUAGGAAUCAAGGUAAUAUAUUGACUUGUGCCACAAAGAGUUAGGAUUUUUUUCAUUGAGCCAUUUGCUGAUAUUGAGACAUCCUAACGCUGAAGAAAAUAUUUUUGUUUUCGCUUGCUCCUAUCAAAGUUUAAAAACAAAUAUUUCUAUUUCAUUUUUGAACAUGAUACAAAAAAGAGUCUUUGGAUAACCAAGCAAACAAAAGAAAUUUAAUCCUAAUAUUCUGGGUGUUUCUACCCAAUUUAGCAGGCUAAAAUUUUAAAUUAGAGAUCUAUAUUUUUUAUAUACCUUUGAUUUAUUUUCUUUCACUUGAUUUAAUCACACCUUCUUUAUCCAACUUAACAAAUUAUAUAAACAAAAUAUUUAUGGACUUUCUGAAUGAAUUUUAUUUUUAUAGAAGUCAAAAUAUCUUUACUAAUAAUUUGGUUUUAUUUUUUAUUUUAUAAUUAUUAUCAAUAUUAGAAUUUAUUGGGGGAAAAAAAACAUGUAUCUAAAAUAAUCUUUAAGGUUAGCUGUAUUUACAAAUAACUACAAGUCUUGUAAAUAAAUGUAAAAUGUCUUUAAAAAAAUAUAUAUAUUUAUAAUCUUACACUUACAAGUUGUUGUUUUAGUAGAAGUGUAAGAAUAUGUGAAACUAUAUAUGCUGAAACUUGAAAGCUGCUGAUGUCCUUUCAAAAAAAAAUUAUUUUAUUUGACUCUUGAAGCUUUUCAUGUUUAGCAUCAAGAAUAAUUGUUUGUUGCUAUAUUUUUAACAAAAUAAUUUUUUUGGGGAAAAAAAAAUGUAAUUGUUAUCAAAAACUGAUUACUAAUCCAGUCUUUACUUUUUGUGGUAACAAUAGCCCCUUGUUAUUAGAAGCCAUUUUUUUUUAAAUAAAUCUUGGUUCCAAGUUAUUCACUGUACAUAAUACUGAUGACUUAAUAACAACUAAAUUAUAUUGUGGUGUUUUUUUAAUGCAUAUCAUGUAUUGUAAAGAGGAUCUUUGUUUUACGGUAACUUUUUUUUAAGUAGAAAAAAAAUGUUUUAUAGCGCUUUUGACGUAGGUCAUAUUGACCUUUUAUUUCAAAUUACAAUUUAGUUUCAAUUUUAGAUUUGAAAGUAAAUAGACCAGCCUACAUUACAAAAAAAAAAAAAACACCUUUGUUAGAGUUUUGAAGUUUUAACUCAACUUGGCUAAAUGUAAAAUUUUGUUAUAAUUUUUAUAGAGGAAGAAAGUCAACAAUUUUCGGCAUAUCAGAAAAUGUAUUAAGAUGCUCAAAGUUCCAUGGCCAGUAUGACAAAAACUGCUUUUUUUUUUCCUUCUAUGGUAUGCAAUAAAAUUUGUUAUAGUGAAGGCUUUAAUAUAGAAAUUCUUUAAUUGUCUAUAACAAAAGAUUCUUAUUCAAUAAGCCUUUUUUAUUAGCUGGGUUUAACCCUAAGUGAACCACUCUCUCCUUUGACUUGUGCAUAUAUUUAUGUUUCAUGUCAAUCACGUCUUAGAUAAUUUUAUUUUCAUUUGACAAGUCUUUCCGGAAUGUUCUCAAAUCAAUCAUUUGUACAGUAUCAGAGCUAUUUUUUCGAAAACACAUGAUAUGAAUUGAUUCCUAAUUGAAUAGCUAUUUGCUGUAAUUACUAAUUAUUUAUGUUUUGUAAAUGUGUCGGCUACUUACUAUAAUUGUCUAUCUCCCUUUUAAUUUACCUUUGUGUUGUGUUGGUAUGAAUGUCAAGACUAAAUUUAUUUACGGGUCAAAGGGAAGUGUUUUGUUUUUAAAUGAUCAGGAAGAGCAAUUCAUCAUCGGUAAACCUUGACAUAGAAAUUGCCUUGACCUUUAUGAAUUAUUGUUUUCUCUGUUGUAUUUAAUCUGUGCCUUGUCUGAGGUCUUGGACAAAAUAAAAAUAAAAAAUUAUACCUUCAUGCUUAUAUUUGAAAUCCUUUUAAAAAAAAUGUGUAACCGAUGAUUGUCUUCGUGUCCCAAGAUGAAGUAUGAGUGGUGAAUGCCUAAUGAGCUACGACAUAACCAACGUAGCAACACGCCUGUCCCAAUUGCCAUUUUUUGUAACUGAUAAAAGUCACAACAAAUAUCAAUUGUAUGUUUAAUAUUUUAAUUUCAUUAACCUGACAAUUUUUUUUUUUCCUCUACCACUUGGCAGCUUUUUUUUUAAAAUCUUUAAAUUGAUUUUAAGAUUUUUUAUUUUUUUUUUUAUUUUGGAAAACUAUGUACAGACUAGGAAUUCAAUCGACAUCCUGAUAGUUAACAUUUUUUUUUAAAAUCUGUAAAUUGAUUUGAACAUUUGUUAAUUAAAUUCAGGAAGACUAUGUACAGACUAGGAAUUCACUUCAUUGAUUUCAAUAGUCAUCCUGUUAGUUAGAUGGUAACGGAAUUAAUUUUCGUCAUAUGUUGCAAUAAAGUGAAUAGAACCAAAGUA